UCUAGAUGCCCCAGUUGGACAUAUCGAGACAUGGCGCCUGCGUCAUUGGCAUCCAGAGCGUGGUUGGAUAUCUCCAGAAGCAGAAUCUAAAUAUGAAGAAAUGAUGCAACUGAGAAGAGAUAACCCACCUGAGAAAUUGACUGAUAAGCAAAUAUUAGAAAAUGUGCUUGGACGACAAUCUGUUCGGUUGUUUGGUUGGGGACGGUCUCCCUCUGGAUCUAAAAGAAGUAAAAAUGACUCAAACCUUCCUACCUAUAGUGAGUUGGUUGGCACAGUUGAAAUGAUGAGGAAAUUGUUGAUUGAGAAGAACAUCAUUCCUCCCAUGCCACAAGUUGCAUCAGAUCAUUGUUCGGGAGCACACAAUCGUGACUCAUCAUCUAUUGGCCGAGAUCAGCCUAUUGAUGGCUAUGUUGACUCUACUUCUGAAUUUGAUGAUGUCGAGUAGAAAUAGCAUUGAGAUCAGAACACGCAAUACAUUAUUUAUUGAAGUGCAUGACACUGAUUACUAUGUGUUGGCAUAAGAACUUGUUUUCCUUUAUUUGGUGUUGUUAUUGAAGACUAA